UAUUUCAGGUGAAGGGGAAACCAGUGUUACUGAAAGCUUCGCAUAAUUCACUUGACAUCUCUUGGGAAGAACCGCUAUUUUCAAAUCCCGAAUGUUACAUCAUACAUUACAGCGAAGUGGAUAUUAACAGUGAAAGUUGGACUCCUCUCACGACUUCUGACAAAACUUGCAAAUAUACAAUACGUAAUCUUUCGCUGAAUACAAAGUAUAAAGUAAAAGUGAGUGCAUGCUCCGGUGGAGCUGUUGGUCCUUCGGGGGAGGAAAGUGAUGUUAUCAGUACGAAACCUUUAGCCUUUAAAAUAAAACAGAAUUCCACGCUGAAAGAGAGAGGAUUAAAACCUGGUUCCAUUUCAAAGUAUGAUGUACCACGACAAUGCGAAUAUAAUAAAGAAAUGAAGAUACAGACAAUAAAAAUUGGGGAAGCAAAUGAAAGCCUAGCUGCCGACCGGAAAAGUAUUCUGCUAAUGAGCACCCCACACUGUGGAAAAACAACCCAUAUUGAGGGGAUCAUGAACUUUAUCUUUGGGGUAAAUUUCGAAGAUGACUUCCGACUUUUCCUUUCAAGGGACAAUGCCGUUGAGACUAGUGAUGAUGUUUCUGAUGAUGAUGCUUCUGAUGAUAAUGGUACUGGUGUUGAUGAAGUAGAUGACCAUAACCAUGACGACUGGAUUAAGGUGUACCAAUUUGACGAGUUUGAAGGCGGCAGAAUUACCUUUCCUCUUACAAUAAUUGACAUACCAAGACUUGGUUCCUUAACGUCUGGGACUAAAAAACUAUAUAAACGAAUACAGUUUGUCAUGAAUUCGGUUUGUAGAGAAAUUAAUUUGGUUUGUUUGGUCGCAAAAGGUUGUGAUUUUGAAAUGUCUGAAGAACAAUUAAAUUAUUUUAGUUCUAUCUUAGAACUAUUCAAGGAUCACUUGAUGUCAAAUUUUUGUGCUUUCUAUACCUUUGCGGAUGCAGGAAAAGCUCAUGUUGCAGAAAUAUUUCAGGCCAAUGAAAUUACACCUGUUGAGUCUUUCCAUGUAAAUUGGUCUUCUCUUUGUCAAAGUAAUGAUUCCUAUUCCUCCACGUUCUGGGAAAUGAAUAGCAAGCAGCUUGGGUUAUUUUUCGAUUUCCUAAAACAAUCAUCUGCAAAGAGUAUCUUCAAAGAUCUUCCUACUUCCCAAAAACGAGAAGAAAUAAAGUGCGAGAUAUCUCUCCUUCAACCGAAAGUAACUGAAGGUCUAGUAAAACUGGGAGAAGUAAAAUUUCAAAUAAAAACAUUCACGGAUUAUAAAGCUGAUAUUUUGUCGAGCGGCGAUAUAUCAUAUACAAUAGAAGAAAUCCGGCAAAAUAAAACAGAUCUGCUGGCAGGUCAUCAUGUAACAAAUUGUAUAAAUUGCUAUUUUACAUGUCAUGAAGACUGUACAAUUCCUGAUGACAAGGACAAAAUAAAUUGUUGGGCGAUGACGGAUGGAUAUUGCAGAAUAUGCUCUAUGCACUGCAUAUGGUCUGACCAUAAAAACACUCCGUACAUCUAUGAAUAUGUCGCUGUAAAGGUUACUAAAUCUUACCAAGAGUUGAAAAUGAAUUAUGAAAAGGAAAAGGGAGAGCAACUAACAUAUGAGGAAUACCUCAAUCACCUUGAAAGAGAUAUAGAAAAGCUUCUAGAGAGGCUGCAUGACAAUAUCAAGAAAAUUUCCGAAGGUAGGAAUGAACUACAAGGUAUAAAACAUAGUCCUCUUGCCUGUUCAGUCGACGAAACAAUUGAAGAUAUGAUUGCAUCGGAAAUGCUUAAACAUGAAACGGGGUUUGAAAGAAGAAUUCAAAUGUAUAAAGAAUUACAACAGUACUCGAGCUCAGGUAUGGUGAGAAUAAGCAGAAAUUAAUACGAGGAGACAAAUCUUGAAGCGCUGUAGAAAAAUAUUUUCCGUAACUUUCAAAAACUGACACAUGUUCUAUGCUUCUUAAGGGUUAAGGUCACUUGAGUCACAAAUUCUAUGAAAAUAUUGAAUUUCUUCUCCUGGAUAUUUAGCAGAGAAAUCCAUGCCAUGUUAUUAAAGUAAAAAAAGCCUCAUUUUGAUUGUGGACUUCUUGAUGAUUCUUGGAUCAGUGAUUUUAGUGAAAGGAAUCCGGCACUAUCAAUUUAAAAAUGAAAAUCCAUUUAUCCUUACGAUGAGCAAAAAAACCUCUUCAAAGCUAAUCUUGUAAAAUGCAUGGUCAUAAAUUGAGUUUAAGGAGGGGUAUUUAGCAAAAGAAUCAAGAGCACAUUAUUGUGGUGGUGAGCAUGGAAGCCUUUCAAGUAACUCUGAUAGAAAUGACUUUUGUGUCGAACAGUCUGUAAUGUAAAAUCAAAUGUUCUUGUGAAUGGCUCCAGAUAAAGAGUUGAGUAACGCUCUCAUGUACAUGUUAACUGAAUGGAAGUCAAUCAACAUAUAUCCAAUAUUAUAAAUGUAAAUAAUAUAAAAUUAAAACAAAUUCUAAUGUAAAUAGUUCAUAGCUGUACAUAUAAACCAAACGAGUGGUUGUAGAUUUAAAUUACAAAGGAAGACUUGUAUAUAUAACUAUUAAUUUUUAAUGAAAAAUAACAUUAUUAUAUUAAACAUCAGUGGUUUGGAGACAUGGCUGUGUUUUGAAAAUGCAAAUGAUGCGAGGCAUCCUAGGGCAUAAUUAUAUUGCUGAGUUUACAUAUAAUGAUAGACAGGAGUAAAAUUAAUUCAUUUACAUGUAGUAAGUAACUAGAUUUUGAUUAGAGUUCCUCAGAUAGAUUUUUAAAAUCCUACUUAUACAAUAUUUCCUGUUUUGAGAAUCAAUUUUUAUCAUUCAAUUUUUUUUAAUAA